UGCGAGUGGAACGAGAGUUCAAUGGUUGACACCCCGAUUGAUGCCUCCUUUCACCAGCGUACCGACGGCGGAACUUGUGAAGGUACAAGGAUAAAGAGACUGAUCAGGCCCCCUGCCCUCGCUCCUUUCUUUCUCCUUCCCCGUUUGGUAAUCUGUUACCGGGCUCUUCCCCCGGUUUGAUCGACUUACAAGGGACGGCCCCAAUCUGUCCCUUGCUCCUUCGUAAUAUUACUAACUGCCAAGCUUCUCCCAUAUCCUUUCAGGAAAAUACGAUGGCUCAUGUUGCGGAGGACCAUGUGGUUCAAUUUUUGCUAGAAGAAGUUCAAUCUGCAAGAUUCCGUGCCUACCGAACUUUGCUAGGGAUGGUGUUCACGGAAUCCCGAAUCACUCCGAUGGAGCUGCGAGAGGCUGUAACAAUGCCCUGGCUAGGCAGGGGUCAGCUAAGAGUCUCACAGGCUAAACAUGGACUGUUUGAGUUUCUGCUUACAAGCGAAGAGUCCAAAAUUUGGGUGCUAACGCGCUCCCCGUGGGUUGUCAAUGACAAAAUCUUAACCCUACGAUCCUGGACACCCGCCGUCACUAAGGGUACCUUCGAUGAGCUAGCAGUUGCCCUAUUUCGCAUCCAACUCCGGGGUGUAAAAGAGGACUUAUGCACCAAACAGUUUGGCCACAAACUUGUCUCAUCCACCAUUGGAUAGGUCCCGGAAGCGGGUGUUUUUCGCCUGCAAAUAGACUGCUUAAUAUUUCGUAAAAGUCAAGGCCCUUAUCUAUUUUACCAAACCAUUGCGAUCUCAGCUAAUGGCCGCUAGCGAGGAGAUUGAGUGCUUUUUGAUCAAUCUCAAGUAAGAAUUUCUGCCCAGCUUGUGCUACCUCUAUGGUCGGGUUGGCCAUUUGCAACGCAAGAGCUCCUUCGACCCACCAACUCGUAAGGAGAGGUUUGGACCUCACAUGACCACGAAAAAGCUUGGAAGAUCUCUGACAAGGAAGAGUCUCACCCAAAGUAUGGGUCAAUAAGGAUGUUCAGAAUAAUAAUAAUGUUAAAGAUAGAGUGACCCAAGCCCGAGGCAACUUGCCGGCGGAUGGAGAGCAGGAUCCGCUACAACUUCAGAAUCUGAAGUUCAGGGGUGACUCCUCCAAUCGACCCCAUGGCAGAGGAAGGGUGAACUUCAACCGGGAGACUUCACAACAAAUCUUGCGGCGCAACAGCCCACGUGGCUUUCGCAUUUCGAAAUCACCGCGGCUCCGUCCUCAACAUGGGGUUCGCAGGCCGCAUAAUAUCAAGUAGGGGCGGUUCGCUGCUGUGCAAGAGACUGGCAAUUACCGAGUCAGGAAGAUGAAUGAUGCGGGGGACAUGGAUGAUGACAAGCUUUGGAAAGAAGAGGUUGAUCCUUGCUGAGGAUUCAGAUGAUGAUUUUGAGUUCCAGGUGUAGGUAUGGUUGUCGUGCCUCAAUGCACUGAGUGGGAGCACACCCAGUAGCUCAUGCAGAAGGGCUCCUCAGAAAACUUGAUCCAUCCUAAUGACAAAGAAGGUGAUGAACUCGCUCACAAGGCUCAUCGCAGCUCGUGUGGUGUACACAAGGCCAAAGCCAAGCUGGGAGCCAAAUCUUCGCAAGGUGAAGGCUGUUGAUGCUCGUACUAAAGCUCCAAUAAGGCUUGGCAAUAAAUCCACUCGGGUGGAAGAAAAGAUGGUGAAACCAAAAGGUCGGCUCCGAAAGGGGACUACCCGUCCUAGUGCUAUGGGUCUUGAAGGCGAAGGAAGUGAAAAAAUUAUCCCAUCUCCACCGGGAGAAGACCCAGUGAGUCGUGUUGGGGACAAGGCUUUGGGAGGCCAAACUGAAUCUUUUUCAGCAACUUCCCCUUCGGAGGAUGACAUUCACUCCUUCGAAGUGAGAAAGCGUGUUCCUGAUGAGCCCGGAGCGAACAGGCGAUGCACCACUAAGGGUCAUGUUUGCCAGGUGGUUGCGGCUUUUGAAUCUGGUCUGUCCAUCAAGGGCGACGAACAUGGUGCUAAGGAAAUGUUGCCUCCUGCUCACGACAAGGAAGAAAAAACCCCCUCGGUGAUGGAUGAAUCAUGGUCCUGGAUACCGGAUUGGACCGGACGGUUGAAUAGGGAAAACCGGAAACCGGGCCAAAUCCAAAACGACAAGCUAAAUAUGGGCAGAUUGCCGUGUCGGCCGGUAUUUGCGGUGGAAUCGGCCUGCAGCGAAAUACCAGACGAUUUUGAUCAUUGCCGCCGAGAGGAAGAAUCGCUAGAGUCGACGACCUUGACUUCACCAACCCAUCUCCAUCUCCCUCUCCACCACCACUCACCUGCCAUCGCAGAGACCCAACUCCCCUUAGCUAAUUGAAGGGAGAAGAAGGAGAAGAGUAAUGGCGCUGGUGGUCUCCCAACUCCGGCGAUGCUCUCUCCACCUCCUUUCUCACUCCAACUACCUCCAAUCGUGGUUGCGGUAGCGUCAGAUAUGGCGGAGAAUGCCAAGAGCUGAAAGAGACGGAAAUCCAAGGUGGAAGGGAUGCAUGCGGCGGUGCCGGUGGGGAGAGAAACCUGAUGCUUGUUGUUGGCAAGGAUGAGAAGGCCGGAGAUAAUUAGCCGACUGGUAGAUCCGCAGGUAGUCGGCGAGCUCGGUUGUGGAUGGACUCAAUAAAUGAGGAAGGAAUUAGAGAUCCCCAAUUUCGGGGGUGGGGGAAGAAAUCCCAAACUCAGAGGGGAAAUUUGGUAAUUAUUUGUUAGAAAUAAAUUUUCAAAUUAAUA